GCGCGCAACGAUGGUGAAACCACGCGGGUUCUCUGCUGCAACGUUAUUCGUGAUCCUCGGUGUGAAUUUAGUGGAAACCUUGGUGCCUGAGAGCCUGUCUAAGCUUCUGGGAUCAUUAACAUCUAUUAAACAUGUGAGGAUCCCCGAGCUUCUGAAUCAGCUGUGCAACGAAUCGCAAGGCUCCGACGCGAUUCGUCAGGACGCUUGCUACGGCUGCUUCUUCAAGGCCACCAAUCAACCCUUAAGUCUGCCUAUGUUGGUAGCCAUGUCCAGCUGCGCAGACCUUUAUUUGAACAAUACAGAUUACGGACACUGCCAGCAAUAUUUAAAUAACGCUACCAGCACGCUAAACACCAGAGCUAAUCCUACAACGAUUUACUGCACGUUCCUCGAGUGCAUUCGCCAGGUGAACAAGGACAAUUUGCUCAGGGACUGCAUAGGCGAAGCGAUACGAGCAUCCCCUGGCUUCAACUUCACGGACGUCCAGCUGGCCCAGUUGUUCGUGAACACGACCGCGUGCGUGCUCGCGAAAACGCGCUGCGCGCUGAUGAACCCGAUCACAGGUGAACUGCAAGACGGCGACCUGGCCAACAAGCUGCACGCGCCCUCGGUGAACGCGAUGCUGGUCAACACGGAUUACGACAUAAACAUCGUCCAGCUACCGUUUCAUUACGGCAGCAUCGACGUCUGCGCGAAGUAUAGAAACUACGAGCAGGCGAACUGGCCGACAGUCACCUGCUGAUCGCGAAUCUCUCGCGGACCUGUACAU